CUUCCACAGAAAACUAUUUAUGGCAGGACCAAAGCGGAACUUCCGACUCCCGCACUUUUGUGUCUACCCGGACACUUUAAGGGCGCCCCCCAGGCAACGUUUACCUGCCGUUCCACCGUUGUUUAGUUUAUCAACGUGAAUAUCGAGCCCAUUCGUGAACUUGCAGCUAAACACCCGCUUCGUCGCCGAUGCACCGAGGACUUCCGGCUCUCCGCACCGAGUAGGGGCGAAGCAGCAGCUCUUUUGAAAGAUGUCUCGUUCGGGUUUGAGCUGCCCGGGCUGCGGCUCCUCAAACGUCGUCGACGAUGACCUGUACUGUCAGGCCCAGCUGGUGUGCGUGGACUGCGGUUCCGUGGUGUCCGAGGGAGCUCUGACCAAUGAAGGCGCGUACGUCGGCGCCUCAGAUGUCAGCUACAGCCGAACCACAGCAGGGGACAAAAAGCCAUGUAUGAAUCUCAUAAAAGGUGGUCACCGUGUCAUAGCCAUGUGUCGGAUUCUCAGGGUCAACCGUGAGAUCGAGGACCUCUCGCAAAACUAUCACAGCCAGGCUUACCAGCACAAAAGUUUCAUAAGAGUAACCCUCCGGAAGAAAGAAAUUCUGGCUGGCUGCUGUGUGCUUGCAAGCUGCAGGUUGCGCCAAUGGCCCGUAACCAUAGGAACCAUCAGCUGCCUGCUGGAUGCUGACCUGGUGGAGGUGGGAGCGGUUUACCAAGAGAUGGUCAAGAUUCUGAACAUCGAGCCUCCGACCUUCAACAUUUACGACGUGAUAGAGGCCCACAGUCAGGAGUACAAAAUUAGCUCCCUUCACGUUGCUGAAGAAUUGGCCGAGGACCAUAAGGACUUGACCAAACGCGCCGUGGAGCUGGUGGAGUUGGCGGCGGAUACUUGGAUCGUGACCGGCCGCCAACCCGUCCCCGUCAUGAUGGCAGCCAUCUACCUGUCAUGGCAGUCCCUGAAACCCAACAGGCACCGGCUGAAGUUCUCUCUGGACAAAUUCUGUCAGCUCGCCAAAGUAAAAAAGCAGAAGCCGGCCGCAGACAGGAUAGCGGAGCUGAAGGAGGUGCUGUGGAAGCUGGGUAGGGAGAUUCCAUGGCUCAGGGAGACGCUGACGCACGACAACGUCGUUCCCCAGGUGGAGGACAUCCUGAAGCACAGGUACUCGCUGCUGCGGAGGGCUCUGAGAGCCCGAGAGGAAGCCUUGCUAGCAGAGAGUCAGGCCGGCUGCGAGGCCUCUCCCCCCCGAGCCCUCGAACCUUCGGAUCAGAAUCCCGUGGAAUCGCCCGUGGAACGGCGCGAGCCGAGCGCCGAGGGGACAAGGGCACCGGGGGACGAAGUCGACCAGCCACGCGCGGCGGACGAGCUGCCCGGCGGCGCUCCGGAGAGCCGGGAUCAGGGGUCGAACUGGGGGGCCAGAGCGCUGUUUGCGCCCCCGUGCGUGGUCCAUGCUAAGAGGAGGAGAGUGGAGCAGCCCGAGGUCAGGGAUGUGACCGGCGACGAGGAGAUCUCCGACAGCGAGAUCGACUCGUACAUUCGCACGCCUCGAGAAGUUCGGGAGUUUGCUCAGAUGCAGAAGAUGCUUCUUGGGUGAGGCGUCAUGAGCCGCUGUGCGUCGAGGCCGGACUAUCGGAAUAAAGACACGGGGUUUGUUUGAGAUAAGAACGGCUACAACCCAAAGGGUUUUUUUUUUUUUUUGGUGCUAACACUUAAAAUUUUGGAUCAGUGCACUGUGAAAAUCUCCACUAAAAGUGUGAAAUGCUUUUCUGUAUAUUUGAAAUAAAGGUUAAUUAAAAAUG